GCGGGCGGGAGGGAGCCAGGAGUUCUUCGCUAGGUGUGCGUGCGGCUCUCUGUGGCUCGGGAGGUUGUUCUGUGUCUGUCUUGGCCGUUCUCAUCUCACCGGUGCGGAGGACUUCAGGGUUUUCGGCCACUUUCCAGUCCCUUUACGUUGCUGGUUCGGAGCGUCACCUUUGAGAAAGGGCGCCCAUCCAUCCCGGCGGGGAAAACCAAAGACUAGUUUGUAGGAAAACCAAAUAGAAGCCAUGUUUCGAAGACCUGUAUUACAGGUGUUUCACCAGUUUGUAAGACGUGAGUCUGAAAUAGCUAGCAGCUUGGUUCUUGAAAGAUCUCUGAACCGUGUGCAGCUGCUUGGGCGAGUGGGUCAGGACCCCGUCAUGAGACAGGUGGAAGGGAAAAACCCAGUCACGAUAUUUUCUCUAGCGACAAAUGAGAUGUGGCGGUCUGGGGAGAGUGAAGCCUACCAGAUGGGUGAUGUCAGUCAAAAGACAACAUGGCACAGAAUAUCAGUAUUCCGCCCAGGCCUCAGAGAUGUGGCGUAUCAGUAUGUGAAAAAGGGGUCCCGAAUUUAUGUAGAAGGGAAAGUAGACUAUGGUGAAUACACAGAUAAGAAUAACGUGAGGCGGCAAGCAACAACGAUCAUAGCUGAUAACAUUAUAUUUCUGAGUGACCAGACCAAAGAGAAGGCAUAGCAUGGACGAUUCUCCUUUGGCCAUUGUUUGUUAACAGUUGCUAAGGGGGUGUAAGCAGAAGUCAUUUGGUGGUGCUUCCAGGAAAGCUCCUUAAAUGAUUAACUCUGUUGGGAGGCUCAUCCUUUGUGCUUCUCCAGACCCUCACCUGGCUUUUUCUUGUCUGAAAUGUGGACAUGAUGGCUGAAUCUCCAGCAGCCAUCUUGGACCAUGAGACGAUCUUCAGGAUGGAAGACAGAAGAAGCUGGGAUCUGCGAUGACCAUGUGGAACCACCAUACCAGUCCUGGACAGUGUACCUCUGGAUUUCUUUGGGAGACACAAAUAAAUAUCUACCUUGUUUAAGCCA